UCGGCGGGGGCCGGCGCCCGGCGGCCACGUGGUGCUGCUGCCGCCGCUGCCCCCGCCCCGCCGGCCCAGCCCGGGAGCCGCGGCGCCCGCUGACCCCCGCAGCGGGGGAGGAGGAGGAGGAGGAGGAGGAGGAGGGACGGAGGCGCAGGAAGCUGAGCAGGAAGCAAGCCCGGCGGCCGCGUUUUCCUGGGGAAGCGGCGGGCGGGGCGGCGCAGUCAGCCGGGCCAGGGCAGCCACAGCGGCCGCCUCGAUGGGGUGUUGAAAAAUCUCCUCUAGAGCUUUGGAAGACUGAAUGACUAAACAUGAAGAGUCUGAAGGCGAAGUUCAGGAAGAGUGAUACCAACGAGUGGAACAAGAAUGAUGAGCGCUUGCUGCAGGCCGUGGAGCAUGGAGAUGUCGAGAAGGUGGCCUCGCUGCUGGGCAAGAAGGGGGCCAGUGCCACCAAGCACGACAGUGAGGGCAAGACCGCUUUCCACCUCGCUGCUGCCAAAGGACAUGUGGAAUGCCUCAGGGUCAUGGUGACGCAUGGGGUGGAUGUGACAGCCCAAGAUACUACCGGACGCAGCGCUUUACACCUUGCAGCCAAGAACAGCCACCAUGAGUGCAUCAAGAAGCUCCUUCAGUCUAAAUGCCCAGUUGAAAAUGUUGACAGCGCUGGGAAAACAGCUUUACACUACGCAGCGGCACAGGGCUGCCUCCCCGCUGUGCAGGUUCUGUGGGAGCACAAGAGCCCGGUCAACCUCAAGGAUUUAGAUGGGAAUGUACCACUGCUGCUCGCAGUGCAGAAUGGCCACAGCGAGGUCUGUCAUUUUCUCCUGGAUCAUGGAGCAGAUGCCAAUUCCAGAGACAAAAAUGGAAGAACUGCUCUCAUGCUGGCUUGUGAGAUCGGCAGCUCUAACAUCGUGGAAGCCUUACUUAAAAAGGGUGCAGACCUAAACCUUGUAGAUUCUCUUGGACACAAUGCCUUACAUUAUUCCAAACUCUCAGAAAAUGCAGGAAUUCAAAGCCUUCUAUUAUCAAAAAUCUCUCAGGAUGCUGAUAUAAAGACUCCAACAAAACCAAAGCAGCAUGAUCAAGUCUCUAAAAUAAGCUCAGAAAGAAGUGGAACUCCAAAAAAGCGCAAAGCCCCACCACCUCCUAUCAGUCCAACCCAGUUGAGUGAUGUAUCUUCCCCAAGAUCAAUAACUUCAACACCACUUUCAGGAAAGGAAUCAGUAUUUUUUGCUGAACCACCUUUCAAGCAGGCUGAGAUCAGUUCUAUACGAGAAAACAAGGACAGACUAAGCGACAGUACGACAGGUGCUGAUAGCUUGUUGGACAUCAGUUCUGAAGCUGACCCACAAGAUCUUCUUGUUCUGCUGCAAGCAAAAGUUGCUUCCCUUACCUUGCACAAUAAGGAGUUACAAGAUAAACUGCAGGCCAAAUCUCCCAAGGAGGCAGAAGCAGACCUCAGCUUUGACUCCUACCAUUCCACCCAGGCUGACUUACCGCCAUCGCUGAGCAAGGCUGGUGAGGCUUCUCCCCCAGAACCCAAGCCGCCUCUGUCUGCCUCGGCAGAUCUUGUGGGCAGAUCCACUGCUGACAGCGAUGUCAGAAUUCAGCAGCUCCAAGAGGUUUUACAGGACUUACAGAAGAAACUAGAGAAUUCUGAAGCUGAGAGGAAGCAGCUACAGGCUGAACUGCAGGCCCAAAGGACAGACACUGUGUGCAUGAACAGCACCGAGAUUUCAGAGAAUGGCUCUGACCUCAGCCAGAAGCUGAAAGAUACUCAGAGCAAGUAUGAGGAGGCCAUGAAGGAAGUGCUCAGCGUGCAGGAGCAGAUGAAACUGGGUCUCGUGUCGCCAGAGAGCAUGGAGAGCUCUUCCCAUUUCCUCAAGCCAAGGGGCAUGGAGGAGGAGCUGGGUAUGCUGAAGCAGGACCUGCAGAAUGCUCUAGAAGAAAGUGAGAGAAAUAAAGAGAAAGUGAGAGAGUUGGAGGAAAAACUUGCAGAGCAGGAGAAGGGUGCGGGGACCAAGCCUGCUGGGGAAGAGUACGAGGAGAUGAAAAGUUCAUAUUGCUCUGUUAUUGAGAAUAUGAAUAAGGAGAAGGCAUUUUUGUUUGAGAAGUACCAAGAGGCCCAAGAAGAAAUCACAAAAUUAAAAGACACGCUGAAAAAUCAGCUGACGCAGGAAGCCAGUGAGGAAGCUGAGGACAUGAAGGAGGCCAUGGGCAGGAUGAUUGAUGAACUCAACAAGCAGGUGAGUGAGCUAUCCCAGCUGUACAAGGACGCCCAGGCUGAGCUGGAAGAUUACAGGAAGAGGAAGUCCCAGGAGGACCUGACAGCUGAAUACAUCCAUAAAGCCGAGCACGAGAAACUGAUGCAAGUUACGAAUGUGUCUAGGGCUAAAGCGGAAGAGGCACUUCACGAAAUGAAGUCUCAAUACUCGAAGGUGCUGAGUGAGUUGACCCAGCUCAAGCAGCUGGUGGAUGCACAGAAAGAGAACUCCGUCUCAAUCACAGAACACUUGCAGGUGAUAACCACGCUGCGGACCUCUGCCAAAGAGAUGGAAGGAAAAAUCAGCAGCCUUCAGGAGCACCUUUCCAGCAAAAAGGAGGAAGUGGCAAAGCUAGAGAAGCAACUUGUGGAAGAGAAAGCGGCUAUGACUGAUGCAAUGGUACCCAGGUCUUCCUAUGAGAAGCUCCAGUCUUCCUUGGAGAGUGAAGUGAGUAUGUUGACAUCCAAGCUAAAGGAUUCGGUGAAAGAGAAAGAGAAGGUCCACUCGGAGGUGGCUCAGAUUAGAAGUGAAGUCUCCCAAGUGAAGAGGGAGAAGGAAAAUGUUCAGGCACUCUUGAAAUCCAAAGAGCAGGAAGUAAAUGAACUUCUGCAAAAAUUCCAGCAAGCUCAAGAUGAACUCACAGAGCUGAAAAGAUUCUCUGAGAACUCUUCAAAACUGGAGGAAGAUAAAGAUAGAAAGAUAAAUGAGAUGGCAAAGGAAGUCACCAAGUUGAAGGAGGCCCUGAACAGCCUCUCACAGCUCUCUUACUCAACGAGUUCGUCCAAAAGACAGAGUCAGCAGCUGGAGGCCUUGCAGCACCAAGUCAAGCAGCUCCAGAACCAACUGACGGAAUGCAAGAAACAGCAUCAGGAAGUUGUAUCAGUCUACAGAAUGCACCUUCUGUAUGCUGUGCAGGGCCAAAUGGAUGAAGAUGUCCAGAAAGUACUGAAGCAAAUCCUCACCAUGUGUAAAAACCAGUCCUCGAAGAAGUAAAGUGGAUUCCUUGGCAGGACACUGGCCCCUUGUUGUCCAUCCUUGUGUCUGGUGUUGUUGGCAACCACUGCCAUUAUUGUCUUCUCGUGGUAUGCACUGUGACCUAGCAUAGCUUCUUCCCUUUCCAACGGGUUCUGAGAAUUGGUUUCGGGAGAGAAGACUGCCCUCCUCAGAGCUGCCUAAAGAUUUCAGAUCAGCAGAGAUCCAAGUCCCUGUCAUUGCUUCAGAUUCCAGAACCGAGGUCUGGUCCUGGGGCUGGCAGGUGGCAUCCUCCUCAGUGGCUUCAUCACCCCUGGGGAGAAGCUGAAGCCUCCGUGUGGUGAAUGCUCUUCUUCUUGCCUUUGCUUCCAAUCCCAAGCCCUGGUUCAAUUUCCAAUCCAAUGACACUAGUUAUGAAGUGCGUGUUUAACACCCUUCAUCCUGACAUCAUAUGGAUUGAAAAGCUCAGAUGCCAUCUGCAUCCUGCCCCCCACCUGCCUUACAUAUCUCGACACCUUGCUUAUCGAUCUCAUUGUUCGAUAAGUACUAUUCACUAAAAGAAGAAAUUAUCCUGAAAAUGUUUAAUCAUUGAUAUUUUGCAAAUUUUCUAUGCAAACUCUCUUCCUCCUCUUACCUGUGAGCCUCAGGAAAUCCAAGCAUUUGUGAUUUCAACAGGGGACAGUAAACUGUGUGUUUACAGCCAAAAGAAAUGCCUCAUAAAAGUUCUUAACCUCAAUUUUUUUAAGAAGUGUUUUUUCCUCUCUAUUUUUAUUGGCUUUUAAAGAUGUUUUCGUAUCUAAACCCCUAAAGUGAAAUUACCUUAGAUUGUAUUAACAGAAUAUUUUUUAGGUAAUCAUGCUUAGAACUUUAUAAAAAUAGAACUUUUUCUGCCUGGUUUUCAACUACAACAGAAGGUAGUUCUGUAGCCCCAAGCUGGUAUGAGCUGUCGCCAAUACCCUAGGACUUUGGCCAUGUGUCCUCAGAGCUGCAGUGCAUUUCUGAACAUAAUCUAUCCCUUUGCCCAGUGAAGAUUUUUCAAUGUCCCAACUCUACAUGCACCCAUAAAUGAUUUUUGGAAAGGUUGUUAGUACCAGUCAGUAAUUUGAUUUUGAAACUAAAAACCUUGAUGUGAUAACAUUAUAGUUUAUAACAUGGAUCUUAGGGGGAAAAAAUUCUGUUCCAUUUCCUUUCAGGUAAAAAAAAAAGUUUUUGACUUGCUUGUAGCUUCUCUUAGGGCAUCAGUAUUAUUGAGGAAGAUAAACAAAUUAAAGAGCUCUCCAAAGCAUGGAGCUGACGUGCAGGCCUGCUCGGACAGGGCCCGCAUCCUGUUGGGCUGUCUGGGCUCUGAGGGUGCACUUGGCUGUACUGGAUGAUUUGUUCGUGAUUAUUAGAUGACGGCCAACCACAGCACAACAAAAAUGGCUUUAAAACUUGACGUUCCUUUGUUUAAGUUGUGAAAUUAUAGUUAACCAAUUUCAAAAAUGCCCCAAAGAAAUGUGAAAGGACUUUUUGUCACAGCACUUAAGAAAACACAAAAGAACAUUCCUCCCCAGCCCCGACACAGAAAUGCUGCAGAGUAUAAAACUUGAGACAUUUUGUAGGAUGCCUAACAAAGUGUAGCCUUUUAUCUUGUUUCAGGAUGCGUAUUUAUUACAAGUACUCUGGUUAAAUAUUGAAAAGUUAUGCUGUAGUUUAGCUUUUUGUCUUUGUAAUUUACAGAAGUUAUUGCAGAAAAUAAACUUGUUUCAUUUUGCA